AUGUUGAUAGCUCUGCCACCAAGACAGGCUUCCAGCGUCUCCACCAGAGAGUCGUUGUUGUCGAGGAGAAACGAGGUUACCGUUCCCCCAGUCCUUUUGGGUAGCUAUCCACCUCCGAUUGCGGCUUCGGAACGACAUCUCCCGAGGGUCACUCGCUGUACCCUGGCGCAGUUACGCAGUGGCUACUGCAUGCUCCUUCGCCAGUACCAACACCGGCUCGACCCAUCCAUACCUGACUGCGGCGUCUCGCCGCACGACUGCCGUCAUCUGUUCGCCUGCAUUUCCCGGCCAGGCACCCACCUCACUCCUGCGAACCUGUGGCUCAAGCCGGUCGAGGUCGCUACUUUUCUCCGUCUCCCAACUACUCCCAGUUUGGAUUCCGGCGGGGAUUCCUGA